ACCCUUAUGGGGGAGAGGGACAGGAAACUAGGCCUGGGCAAAUAUCAGGGGCUUCUUAAGAGGUUAGAUGCUACCCAGAGCAGAACUGCCCCUCCCCUCCAGGAAACCUCUGGGCGCGCCCCAGAGCAGAGCUGCCCCUCCCCUCCAGGAAACCUCUGGGCGCGCCCCAGAGCAGAGCUGCCCCUCCCUUCGGAGGGUCUCUAGGCGCACACUUAUGAUGUCACUGCGACCGGCCAAUCCUGUAACACCUUAGCACUCUCCCUCAGCAUUCUCCGGUAUGCUAAUUGUCCCUCCGAACCAACCAAUCCCGUGCCACCUCUGCAUUUUAUACCAGCACUCUCCACCAGCAUUCUUCGCCAGCAUUCUCCCAUAUGCUAACGGUCCCUCUGAACUGACCAAUCCUAUGCAUGCGUUAGGAAUAUGCUAAUUCGUUGCCUAUAUAACCUGUGUAAAACUGCCGCUCAAUGCUCCUCACUGCCUGAGGUGGGGGGCCCGUUUGUGCAAACGUACAAUAAAUACCUCAUGCUUUUUGCAUCAGCUGGUUUGGAGUCUGGGUUUUUGGGCGUCCUCUCGAGCAAGUGGGCAUCUCUGCAACUGAGAGGUCCAACAUUUUUGGCGCCCAACGUGGGGCUCGAGGUCGCCCUCAGACCCAUUCUCUGCGGACCAGUUGGAGGUAUAAUUAAGUGUUUUCUGUCUGUUGUUGUCUUCGUCUUGAGUAUUCUGACUGGCCAGUAUCUGACCUGACUCUGUGGGACCAGUGGGGGAGGCAGGCGUGCCCAGCAACCCUUGGCCCGUUACCCGGAGGACGCUCCGGGUUAUGAGGGGAAACCCUCGGUCUGUUCCCCCGGAAGACGCACUCGGGGUGGUCUGGAGGUGGGUCGGAGACUAAGUCUCCCUCCUUCCCGGGGAGGGCUGGUCAGGCAGCCGCUCCCAAAAAUAGCGCAAUAGCGUUCGAUUUGUCCUAGCCAUGUGUUUUGUCUUGCUUACUGUAUAUGUCUGUGCAAUGGUUGUUCUUUUUGUUUGGGCUGAAAUCCUUAUACGCAAGGGUCAACAAAUAACCACCCCUUUAAGUCUCACUCUAGAUCACUGGAAGGACGUUCGAGAACGCGCGCGCCACCUCUCAGUGGAGGUUAAAAAGAAACAAUGGGCAAGAUUCUGUUCCUCAGAGUGGCCGGCCUUCGAGGUCGGCUGGCCAAGGAACGGCACUUUUAACCUCGAUAUUAUUUUACAGAUUAAGGAGCGCGUCUUUCGGCCAGGAUCCGAUGGACACCCUGAUCAGGUGGCCUACAUUACCACGUGGGAGGAUCUUUCACGUAACCCCCCUCCCUGGAUAGAACCCUUCUUCCCGACGGAGCCCAUACGGACCCCGAUACCCCCUCCUCCUAUCCCGGUUGUACCAACCUCCUCCCUAUUCCCUCUGAAGGAGAUUCGAGGUCCAAAACCUGACAAGCCACCGGUUCUUCCGGCUGAUCAGGACUUUCUGCUCCUUGACUCUCCCCCACCCUAUCUUCCCAGCCAACCUGCUCCCCCGCAGGAACCCCCACUACAACCAGAGCGGGAUGUGCAGCCUUCUGCACCAUCCCCUGAUUCCACGAGGGAAGGGGAAGAAGUCUCAGCGCCUUCCCCGCCCUCCAGCCGCCUGCGCCUCCGUCGGGGGCAGGCAGGGGGCUCGGGAAGCGUCUGGACUUCGCAGGCUUUUCCUCUUCGCUCGGUGGCUGGCCAGAUGCAGUACUGGCCAUUCUCUGCUUCCGAUCUUUACAAUUGGAAAACCCAUAACCCCUCUUUCUCUCAAGACCCCCAGGCUCUGACUGGGCUGAUCGAGUCAAUUUUAUUGACUCAUCAGCCCACCUGGGAUGAUUGUCAGCAGCUUCUGCAGACCCUCCUCACCACUGAGGAAAAGCAGCGCGUCUACCUCGAGGCACGGAAAAACGUCCCUGGAGCAGAUGGCCGACCGACCCUACUGCCAAACGAAAUCGAGGAGGCGUUUCCCUUAACCCGUCCUGAUUGGGACUACACCACCGUUGCUGGUAGGGAGCGACUUCGUCUUUACCGCCAGGUUCUCCUUGCGGGUCUCAGAGGGGCUGGAAAGCGCCCCACCAAUUUGGCCAAGGUACGUGCAGUAGUGCAGGGGGCUGAGGAAACGCCGGCAGGCUUCCUAGAAAGAUUAAUGGAAGCCUACCGUAUGUACACCCCGUUUGACCCCCUGGCAGAGGACCGGCAGGGAGAUGUAAUCAUGUCCUUUAUAGGACAGUCAGCGCCGGACAUCCGCAAUAAAUUGCAGCGGCUAGAGGGGCUUCAGGGAUAUACUAUACAAGAUUUAAUGAAGGAGGCAGAAAGGAUUUACAACAAAAAGGAUCCACAAGGAGCAGGAGGAAAGGGAAGGCCUGCACUGGCCUGAGGGAGGCUCGUAAAUCCCCAGAGGCAGUUAAAACUAAGGUGGAGCCUUCAGGUGUGGCAGCAACCCCUAAAAGCCCAACACUGCCUUAAGGCACUGCGCCUCCAAUUCCGCCCAUGUGGCCACCCCUUUUUGGUUAUUCCCCUCCCUUGAAUCACCCGCCGCCAUCUUGUAAACAGCGUGCCUACCCAACCUCACAGCCAGUCCUACUAGGCCCCGACGUGCACAGUCUUCCCUGUAAAUGGGGGACCACGGCCUUUCUCUGCACUCUCUUCCAGUCAGUGUAGCCUGUUGCACCCUUGCAGACCACAGCCAGAUACUCUAGGGGAGACUAGUCCUUGGGCUGCUUUUUCCUCUCCAUUUACAAUUCAAUGCUGUCCUCACUAGGAAGAAAAAAUGCCUUUGGCUACCACUGGCCUUACCUAAAGGAACAAAAACCUUCAUCCAUUAACCCUUUCCAACCUAAUGAGUCUUUAUUUGCAGUUAAUGAAACUUUUUCUCCAGCACUACGGAAGCCUCUCAUUCCCUGCCGCUUUGUUUCAGAUGUGUUUCCCUGUCCUAAGCAACGGGCUUCUAUGCUGAUGACCAGCUCUUUUCUGUGCUGCUGUAGUUAACUUAUCUAAGAGUUUGCACGUGUCUUGAAGGUUUCGUGUUUUAUUGGAUUUGUCUGUCUUUAAUGUUUGAGUGAUUACCUAACUCUGAUCAGAUCUGCCCCACAGCUUUGGUUAAAAUAUUCAGGUUAUACGUACUAGUUUUUGGCUAAGCGGUUGACUCUCUAACAGUUUAAAUUCUCAAAUGGAGUCUAACAACUUUGGGACUUCCAGUAGGAUCCCUGGAACUCUCAAAGGAUGGGACUCUAAAUUUGUUAAAGUAACAACUGUUUAAGUCUAUUUAAAUUAUGCAGUGUAUUAAAAUAUUGUAGAUGAUGUCGGACCUAUGUUGUAUUCGUGUUUUUGCUUUCCAGCUAAGGUGGUCUUACAAGUUUUUAUAUGUCCUUAAUAUGCUUUAAACUUGUUUCUUUUACAGAUCUGCUUUUGCAAAAACUAUAGUGUCUCUUUUUAACAGUGUCUGCUUAGUGGGUUACUCUGCCAUUUCUAAAGUUAGGUCAUGUAAGCUCUUUUUAGCUCUGUUAAAUAGUUCUAAGUUAUGUGCGGAUUUUGUGUGCUAACUCUUAUGUUCAAGGUGUUUAUUUCUGGUUUCCAGGGUAAUCUAGUGUGUACUCCAAAAAAGCCUCUUUUGGAUGAGCCUUAAUGGACUCUUUCCCUACCUCUUCUCUCUUCUUGGACUGCUUCUUGCCCUGCUUUUAAUCCUUGCUAUUGGCCCAUGCAUAACGAAUAGGCUUAUACAGUUUAUACAACAGCGCAUAGAGGCAACUAGGGUAAGACAGGUUGAGGUUCAUUACCAGAGGCUGCUAGCCACAGAGGGCUAUGAUCCCCUGAACUGGGGAAGCACCCCCGGUGCUCUCCACAUUGCCAAUGACGGGUAAGAUUCCGGAUGGACCGGAACAACCUAAGACAGGCGGUGGAGAAAGCUCAUCACGCCCCCAUAAUUACAAGUCACGCGACACCCCAAGACGGGUAAAGCACCCAGCGUCCUGCACCAACCUAAGACAGGGCUCAUGGCCAAGCUGCCUGGGUUACCAAUGACGGGUAAGGGCAAGGACGGCUGGGGGCAACCUAAGACAGGGACCGCGUGCUAAAACAAAAAGGGGGAAUCUGUGGGGCAUGAGCGCGGCCAGGCCAGGCCAGGCCAGGCCCGGGGGCUCUGCAUGCGCAGCUGCUCCAGGGUGCCCCCGACCGAACUGCGCGAAACGAAGCCACGCGGAGCCAAGUAAGAUGGCGCCCAGAGGAAGUAAGAUGGGCGGAAUCCAAAGUUGUUUACCACUAAAACUAAUUGGCUGCGCAACAACAAGGGAGGUAACAAAACUAGUAACAAGUGUAUAGACAUAGGGCUAGUCCUAUAGAAAUCCCCCCCCCAAGGUGUUUUUUAAGUAAUUGGUUGGUCCUUAGCCCUGCCCCAAUGACUCUGCAGUUUUGUGUUAUAAAAGGUACUAUUAUGCAGAAGGUGACUGAGUCCUUGCUAGACUUGACUCCCCGCUGCGUCUGAUUGUCUCCGGGACCAGGAGGCUGGGGAACGGGCGAGCGGCGCGCACUUACCUUUCCUCGGACCCAGUCCAUCCUUGUACGGGUGGACUAAGACCCAACAUCUGGCGCCUUGACCAAAUUAGCGUUGGAGACUGGCGUUAAAGACUGGGUCCAACUCCUCCCUAUGGUGUUGUUCCGGGUCCGAAACACGCCCUCUCAUUGCGGACUGACACCAUGCGAGGUCCUUUGUGGAGGGCCCCCACCAAUAGCAGGCUUGCUUGACCUUGCCAGUGACUCCGUUGCCGAUGCCCCUAGGUUACAGGCCCGGUUGAGAGCGCUCCAGAUCAUCCAGAACCAGGUCUGGAAACCUCUUGCAGCAGCCUACCAACCCAAGACGACAACUAUCCCACAUCCUUUCCAAAUCGGUGAUGCCGUGUAUGUCCGAAUCUAAAACUCUAGAGCCCCGGUGGCAAGGCCCUUUCACUGUGCUGUUGACAACUCCCACCGCUCUCAAGGUCGAUGGAAUCGCUGCUUGGGUCCACGCCUCACACGUGAAGCGAGCACUACCCCCCCAGGGCCCCGAGGAUCCGGAUAGACCAGCCAAAUGGAAGCUCCAGCGCACUCAGAACCCGCUCAAGCUAAGACUUUCAAAAACUGUUUAAUAUUUGUGAUGUUUCUGGCCUUUCCCCAUUGUUUUUCCAAUCCCCAUGCUCCACAAUUGUUAACGCGGGAAGUAAUUUCCCCCACAGGACGGGUGGCCUGGUCUGUUAGUGGUUACAUACCCCCAGGGCAUGGUGGCCCACCUUAUACCCAAACGUAUGUCAACUGGUUACUGGGUUAGAUACCUGGGAUGUACCUGACCAAAAUAAUUUGACAAAAAUCCCUAAAAAUAGUCUUAACUAUUGGGGCGUGUAUGGCUCCCAGUCCCCAGUCAGUGGGACUCAACCCAGUCCAGCAAAAACAGAGUUCCCUCCCUCCAGUGAGGCAGGCUCUCCCCAGACCACCCCUCUUGCCAGCCACCCUUUCGCCUAGCUUGGCAAGUUUAACUCCAAACCCGGGUGCUGACUCAACAGUACCAGUGUCAAGCUUCAAAGAUCUCCGAGGUCCAAUAGAUUUUAGGAUUAAAAUCUGUGCAAAGAGAAAAGGAGGGAAUGAAGGACCCUUAUGGGGGAGAGGGACAGGAAACUAGGCCUGGGCAAAUAUCAGGGGCUUCUUAAGAGGUUAGAUGCUACCCAGAGCAGAACUGCCCCUCCCCUCCAGGAAACCUCUGGGCGCGCCCCAGAGCAGAGCUGCCCCUCCCCUCCAGGAAACCUCUGGGCGCGCCCCAGAGCAGAGCUGCCCCUCCCUUCGGAGGGUCUCUAGGCGCACACUUAUGAUGUCACUGCGACCGGCCAAUCCUGUAACACCUUAGCACUCUCCCUCAGCAUUCUCCGGUAUGCUAAUUGUCCCUCCGAACCAACCAAUCCCGUGCCACCUCUGCAUUUUAUACCAGCACUCUCCACCAGCAUUCUUCGCCAGCAUUCUCCCAUAUGCUAACGGUCCCUCUGAACUGACCAAUCCUAUGCAUGCGUUAGGAAUAUGCUAAUUCGUUGCCUAUAUAACCUGUGUAAAACUGCCGCUCAAUGCUCCUCACUGCCUGAGGUGGGGGGCCCGUUUGUGCAAACGUACAAUAAAUACCUCAUGCUUUUUGCAUCAGCUGGUUUGGAGUCUGGGUUUUUGGGCGUCCUCUCGAGCAAGUGGGCAUCUCUGCAAC